CUUUCUGGAAGUAUGAUUCAAUGCCAAUCAAUUGUGUAUUACCUGUGGAACUAAUCCAAAUGCAUUUUCUGAUUCAAGAACAGUUAGCAGAACCAAACUGAGGCAGACAGGAUGGGCAGAGAGCUGUUUCCUGACAGAAGGAAUGCUCAAGUACCAUCUGUUCAUAUGGAUCUCUGAUAAAAUGAAAAAGAGAUCAUAGAAAUCAACUGUGGCUUCAAACAAAAUGGUGUCAAUCUUCUUUCUUAGUUAAUAUCCUCAAUUUUAGUUUUCCAGGAAGUGAUGAUGGGAUGGCAUGGGUAUUAUAAUAUGGUCAAUGUGGACACCAGAUGCAACUUUAGAUUUUCCUUCCAGCUUUCAUGAACACAUACUCCAUGAUCAUGGAACCUUUAAUGCCUGAAAGAAUCAUAUUGGUAAGAUUAGCAUAAUCUUAAAUGGGUCACUGCCCAAAGGCUCAUGGCAUGAGGGAGGAUUCAUCACUAAGUUGCAUGCCAAGCUCAGGAGCUCUUAGACUCAGAGAGGGGGCCCUGUAGCUCUGUGGAGUUGUGGCUUUUGAGAACUAAAGAGAGCAGGAAGAUGAUGGUGUCUUAGCUUUAUCUGAACCCCCUUUAUUCCAAGUUGCCUCUUUCCCUCAAGCCUGUCUUCAGACUUUUGCUGCUGACUCCUCCAAACUUUAGUUGCAGGACUCAUCCUUCGACUCAUCAUGUCAUAUGCUCCAGUUGGUGUCACCUCCAUCAGCAAUGCAGAUGGGAGUUGUUCUGCUUGAGGUGGAUGAUUUGGAGCUCACAGUAGGUGGGAUUGUUGUGCGAGAACAAUUAGAUGGAUGCAUGACUGUCUCUUUCUUUCUUCCAACCAGUGAACUCUUAAGCCACCACAAUAACAUGAUUUGAGAGAGAAAAGUAAAGAUCAUCACUGUGAAGGAAGACAGAGAAAGCUUAGAUCCAAGUGUUUGUUGAUUUGACUUUGUGGAGUAGAAUGAAGUGUCAAUCGGCACCACCAACCCUCAACAACGAUUAUUAGGCAUCGAUAUUAUUGGCAUCCCACAGCACCUCUCCUCAGUCAACCAUCCAUCACCUCUCCCACUCAGAUCUCACCACCAUUGCAGAGAAAACAAAGCAAAUGACAGGUGAAGGGGCCAUUGCAUGAAGAAAAGAGAGAAAGAGGUUGACAAAAGCAAAUGAGCCGUCUCUCUUCCCUCUUCAAUGCUUUGCUUUGCAAUCAAGCACGUCUGAUUCCUUCAUCACGCCUCAAAACCCACCCUUCCAGCUGAAUUCUUCAUGGCGUUCACCGAAGACCAGCAAACUUGGGUUCCACAUGUGCCGACGACGGACUGCUCCAUGGGCUUGUGUAGCUUCUACUGCCCCCAGUGGUGCUAUGUCAUUUUCCCACCACCUCCCCCUGUCGAAUUCUCCGGCGACGACUCCGGCCCCACCUUCUCCCCGCUCGUGAUCUCCAUCAUCGGCGUCCUCGCGGGCGCUUUCCUCCUCGUCUGCUACUACACCAUCGUCUCCAGAUACUGCGGUACCUUUGACUCGCUGCGACGCUGGAUCGAUCCUCCGGGCGCGGACAACCGCGAUCACGGUGACGGUAGCGUCGGCCACUCUCGCCGACGUGAUGCUUGGCAUACCUCCCCGAAGGACGGGCUCGACGAGGCCUUGAUCGGUAAGAUUGCGGUCUACAAGUAUCGGAGAGGCGAUGAUACGGUGCAGGGCACGGAUUGCUCCGUCUGCCUCAGCGAGUUCCGGGAGGAUGACAGCCUCCGGUUGCUCCCCAAGUGCAGCCACGCCUUUCACCUCCGGUGCAUCGACACUUGGCUGAGAUCGCACUCCAAUUGCCCUCUCUGCCGAGCCGAUAUCGUGUCGGUGCCGCCUCAGUUGCCGGCUGCUCCAGAGUCGGAGAACAGCGUUCGGGCCGAAGACACGGAACGCAUCGAUGAGAUGGUUCUAACCAUAGAGGACGAGGAGACGCAACCUGCUGGAAGCAGUGCGGACGCAGCGACUGAUCCUCCACAGGUCUACUGUGAUCCGGUAGCGGUGGAGGAGGCCGACACCAUAGUUGAGAUCGGUGAUGACGAUACCCAACUAACGAGGCGAUCGUUCUCCAUGGACGCUGCGCGUGGCAGCCGGGUCUCGAUCGCCGACGUCCUGCGAACGAGCAUGGAGGACGAACUGUUCGUUGUCAGCGGCAGCUCGUCGAGGCGAGCUGCAGGCGAGCACAGUAAGGUAAGGGGCUUGCAUUGUGCCCUGAACCCAGUCCUGAUGAAGAGGUCGAUCUCCAACGGGAGGUUCCGCUUAACGAGGCACGGAAAGCGAAGGAAUGGCCUUUCAGUUCAAGAAUCUCCUGAAUAGGAUGCAUUCAUGCAAGACGAGCGCUCCUCUGCGGAAGCAGGGAAGGAGCAGCAGAAGAGCUUCUUCUUCGGCCAAGAGUUGGGGCAACAGCUUCCUGAUUGCUCUGUGAGGCUUGUGCCUCCAUUUGUUCUCCUUUUCUUUCUCGUGCUUCUUCUGCUUGACACUGACCAUAUAAGCUUGUGUACAGAUUCAUGUUUUCAUGUUUGAUCUUGUUCCUUA